GAUAAGAGCAGAGUUUGAUUUCAACAACCUUGGCUUGGCUUGGCACCAUCACACCACUCUAUUCUAUUCUUAUAAAUUCUUCUCAUUCCACUCAUUUCUUCCUUCAUAAUUACACCCAAACCCAAUCCUCUUCUUCUGCAAACUCAAUAUUCCUCUUCCCACAUUUCUCUCUUCCCCUCUUGCGCGAUUCGCAAAUUCCGUUUCCAAAUUUCAAACAGACAAGGCCUAAAGAUUUGAUCUUUGAAUCCACCAUGAGGCUCAACGGGGAAAUCUCAAGCGGAGAAGAAGAACCAGAAGACGAGAAACAAGCGGCAACCACCACCACCUCUUCGCCGCACAAAGUGGUCGUUGGCUACGCCUUAACGUCCAAGAAAAAAAAGAGCUUUAUGCAGCCAACUUUCACCGCCCUUGCACGGAACAAGGGAAUAUACUUUGUUGCUGUUGAUGUAAACAAGCCACUUCCAGAACAAGGUCCUUUUGAUAUCAUCUUGCAUAAGUUGUCAGGGGAGGAAUGGAGUGAAAUUAUUGAGGAUUAUAGGCAAAAACAUCCAGAGGUAACUGUCCUUGAUCCUCCCGAUGCAAUCCAACAUUUACACAAUCGCCAAUCCAUGCUGCAAGAUGUGGCGGAUCUGAACUUAUCUGACUGUCAUGGCAAGGUUGGCAUUCCACGUCAGCUAGUUAUCACAAAAGAUAAAGACCCCUCUACUAUCCCUUAUGAAGUCACUAAAGCAGGGAUGAAGUUGCCAUUAGUUGCAAAACCACUAGUUGUGGAUGGCAGUGCCAAGUCACACGAACUAUUUCUUGCUUACGACGAGUUCUCUCUCUCAGAGCUUGAACCUCCACUGGUUCUACAAGAGUUUGUCAAUCAUGGUGGUCUUCUCUUUAAGAUUUAUAUUGUCGGGGAAGCCAUAAAGGUUGUGAGGCGUUUUUCUCUUCCUAAUAUCAGUAAGCGUGAGCUAUCAAAAGUUGCUGGUGUAUUCCGUUUCCCAAGAGUUUCAUGUGCAGCAGCUUCUGCGGAUGAUGCUGAUCUAGAUCCUAAUAUUGCUGAACAUCCACCAUGGCCAUUGUUGGAGAGGCUUGCAAGGGAGCUCCGUCAUAGAUUGGGACUCCGCUUGUUCAACAUAGAUAUGAUUCGGGAAUAUGGAACAAAGGAUGUGUUUUAUGUCAUCGACAUCAACUACUUUCCUGGCAAGGUAUGGGAAAAUGCCAGAAUAUGAGCACGUAUUUACAGAUUUUCUACUUAGCCUAGUGCAGAGCAAGUGUAAGAAGAAACAUACUACCUAAAUUAGACCAAGUUAGUAGACCCAUUGAGCAGGGUAUUUUAGCUGGUUGGCUUUCUAAAAAAUUUAUGCAAACUGCUAUGGAAUGCAAUGAAGCCACCAAAUGUUGGAAAAGGUUGAAAAUAUGGCUGUGUCUUGAUCUCUCUUAAUAAUGAGCGAAAAUGUCUUUAUUUAAGUUUUGUAUGUUUAUCCAAAUUAAUGCAUUUUUUUGCUGAUUCUAAAUAA